AGCUGGUGCAUCCGCAUGGUCACCAGCCCGUGGUUCGAACGCGUCAGCAUGAUGGUGAUCCUGUUGAACUGUGUGACUCUGGGGAUGUACCAGCCCUGUGAGAACAUCGACUGCUCGUCGGACAGAUGCCAAAUACUACAGGCUUUCGAUGCAUUCAUCUACAUCUUCUUCGCCAUGGAGAUGGUUAUAAAGAUGGUCGCCCUGGGGAUCUUUGGACGACACUGUUACCUCGGGGACACGUGGAACCGACUGGAUUUCUUCAUCGUCAUGGCAGGGAUGGUGGAAUACUCUCUGGACCUGCAGAACGUCAACUUCACCGCCAUCAGGACAGUGAGGGUCCUGAGGCCCCUCAAGGCCAUCAACAGGGUGCCAAGCAUGCGUAUCCUGGUCAACCUGCUGCUGGACACUCUGCCCAUGCUGGGAAACGUCCUCCUCCUCUGCUUCUUCGUCUUCUUCAUCUUCGGCAUCAUCGGCGUGCAGCUGUGGGCGGGGCUUCUGAGGAACCGCUGCUACCCGAAGGAGAACUUCUCACUCACCACGGGCAUCAGUCUGCCUCGGCCCUACUACAUGGCUGACGAGGAUGACGAGCGGCCCUUCAUCUGCUCCCUGCUGGUCGACAACGGCAUCAUGUCCUGCUCCGACGUCCCGGCCCGCCGCGAGGGAGGCAGGACGUGCUGCCUGGACAAAGACGACGCCCUGUACCGCCAGUCGCUGGGCCUGAGCCCCGAGCCCAUGGCCAACGGCAGCGUCAGCGUGGCGGGCCUCUGCGUCAACUGGAACCAGUACUACACCAGGUGUCACACUGGGUACAGAAACCCCCACAAGGGAGCCAUCAACUUUGACAACAUCGCCUACGCCUGGAUUGUCAUCUUCCAGGUGAUCACUCUGGAGGGCUGGGUGGAGAUCAUGUACUACGUGAUGGAUGCUCACUCCUUCUACAACUUCAUCUACUUCAUUCUGCUGAUUAUUAUCGGCUCCUUCUUCAUGAUCAACCUGUGCCUCGUGGUCAUCGCCACCCAGUUCUCAGAGACCAAGCAGCGGGAGCACCAGCUGAUGCAGGAGCAGCGAGCGCGCUGUUCGUCCUCCUCCACGCUGAACAGCGAGCCGGGCGACUGCUACGAGGCGCUCUUCCAGCUCGUCUGCCACAUCCUGCGCAAGACCAGGAGGCAAGCCGUCGCCCUCUUCAACACCCUGAGGGGGAAACCCCGCGGCUUCCGGGGCGUCGGGCGAGGCCGAGGAGGCGGGGAGGGGAGGGAGAGGAGGGCCAAUGGACGGGGAGGACGCGAGAGGAGAGCGGAGAUGAGGCGCGGUCCACCCUGUCCCCACCACAACAAACCCGACCACGCCUCACCCGUGGCCCCCGACGGCUGCCCUCAGUGUGCCGCGGCCCUGUCGCUCACCGACGGGGUAGGACCGGCUCGCGGUUCGGGAAAAGAGGAAGCAGAGGAGGGAGCCGUGGAGGAAACGGACAGGGAGGGGGUUCGGUCCGGCAGUAAGGACGAGAAGGGCCAGGAGGGCAAAGGGAGCCGCAGGCCGAGGAAAGGAUGCAAGGAGCUGUGGCACGACAUAACGCUGAAGCUGUGGGGGAUCGUGGAGAGCAAGUACUUCAACCGAGGCAUCAUGAUCGCCAUCCUGAUCAACACCAUCAGCAUGGGCAUCGAGCACCACGAGCAGCCGGACGAGCUCACCAAUGUUCUGGAGAUCUGCAACAUCGUCUUCACCAGCAUGUUCUCCCUGGAGAUGAUCCUCAAGCUCACUGCGUUCGGCUCCUUCAGCUACCUGAGGAACCCCUACAACGUCUUUGAUGGAAUCAUUGUCAUCAUAAGCGUCUGCGAGAUCGUCGGGCAGUCCGACGGCGGUUUGUCGGUGCUGAGGACCUUCAGACUGCUCAGGGUGCUGAAGCUGGUCAGGUUCAUGCCAGCUUUGAGGAGACAGCUGGUGGUCCUCAUGAAGACCAUGGACAACGUGGCCACCUUCUGCAUGCUGCUCAUGCUCUUCAUCUUCAUCUUCAGUAUCUUGGGGAUGCAUAUCUUUGGCUGUAAGUUCAGCCUCAAGACAGAGACCGGCGACACAGUACCAGACAGGAAGAACUUUGACUCGCUGCUCUGGGCCAUCGUCACUGUCUUCCAGAUUCUGACCCAGGAGGACUGGAAUGCGGUCUUGUACAACGGCAUGGCAGCCACUUCACCACUAGCUGCUCUUUACUUCGUGGCCCUCAUGACCUUCGGAAACUACGUCCUCUUCAACCUGCUGGUCGCCAUCUUGGUUGAAGGCUUUCAGGCAGAGGGUGAUGCCAAUCGCUCCUAUUCAGAUGACGACCACUCCUCCUUUGACGAGAGCGAGAAACACGACUCCAUAAAGUUGUCUGACCCAAGGAUAUGCACGCUGACCCCCAACGGCCACCUGGAGCUGGGGGCCCUCUCGGGGCCCCUCUCGGGGCCCAGGAGUUCCUACUCCUCGGACAGACGGAGCUUCACCACGGAGUCCAGGAAGAGCAGCGUGAUGAGCCUGGGAAAGAGCAGCCUGGAGAGACGCUCCCUCUGUCACGCCCGCAGUCCCAACUACCACAACUGGGGGCGCCCUUUCCUCCCGCAGUCCACAUGGAGCCGCAGGUCCAGCUCCAACAGUCUGGGCCGGAGGAGCUACGGGUUUGGUGGAGCUCCUCUGGUGGGAGGCAGCCUCCGAGUGCACGGCACCCGCUCCCCGUACUCCUACACCUACGCCGCCGAGCAGGAGUCCCUCCUCUCCCCGCCUCCUCCCCCGCUGAUCCUCUCCAGACACUUUGCCGCCAGCAGGGAUCGGCGGGCUCUUUCCCUGGAGCACCCCGAGCUGCUCCGGGGGGGCGGGCCGCCAACGGGCCUGCCCACCGUCCAACCAGACCCGGGGAGGAGGAGUGGUUCCGGGGCAGGGGGGUCCAUCACUGGGGGGUCGGGUUCAGGAGUGGACCACCGGGAUUGUAACGGCAAGACGCCGGGUCCACACGCUCAGCUGAUUGCAGAGGUUUUCCCUCAAGUCAACGCACAGAAGGACCGAGCAGACCUCGACGAAGAGACGGAUUAUAGUAUGUGCUUCCGCGUCCAGAAGAUGAUGGAGGUGUACAAGCCGGACUGGUGUGAAUCCAGAGAGCAGUGGUCCGUCUACAUGUUCUCCCCUCAGAACAAGUUCAGAAUGCUUUGUCAGUCCAUCAUCGCCCAUAAGCUCUUUGACUACGUGGUCCUGGCCUUCAUCUUCCUCAACUGCAUCACGGUGGCUCUGGAGAGGCCGAGGAUAAUGCAAGGCAGUCUGGAAAGGCUGUUUCUCACAGUUUCCAACUACAUCUUCACGGCCAUCUUUGUGGCGGAGAUGACUCUCAAGGUGGUGUCCAUGGGUCUGUACCUGGGAGAGAAGGCCUAUCUGAGGAGCAGCUGGAACAUUCUGGACGGUUUCCUGGUCUUCGUGUCUCUCAUUGACAUCGUGGUGUCGAUGGCCGGCGGGGCUAAGAUCCUCGGGGUUCUCCGAGUGCUCAGGCUGCUCAGGACGCUACGCCCCCUCAGGGUGAUCAGCAGAGCUCCAGGGCUGAAGCUGGUGGUCGAGACCCUCAUCACGUCCUUAAAGCCCAUCGGCAACAUCGUCCUCAUCUGCUGCGCCUUCUUCAUCAUCUUUGGUAUUCUAGGCGUUCAGCUCUUCAAAGGGAAGUUCUUCUACUGCGCCGGUUUCGAUGUGAAGAACAUCACUAACAAGUCCGACUGUCUGGCUGCCAACUACCGCUGGGUUCACCACAAGUACAACUUUGACAACCUCGGACAGGCUCUGAUGUCCCUGUUUGUGUUGGCCUCUAAAGACGGCUGGGUCAACAUCAUGUACCAUGGACUGGACGCGGUGGGGAUCGACCAGCAGCCGUUGACCAACAACAGCCCGUGGAUGCUGCUCUACUUCAUCUCCUUCCUCCUGAUCGUCAGCUUCUUCGUCCUCAACAUGUUCGUCGGCGUGGUGGUGGAGAACUUCCACAAGUGUCGCCAGCACCAGGAGGUGGAGGAGGCCAAGCGGAGGGAGGAGAAACGCCAGCGUCGCAUGGAGAAGAAGAGGAGAAAGGCCCAGAAGCUGCCCUACUACGCGUCCUACGGCAAAACCCGGCUGGCCAUCCACACCCUGUGCACCAGCCACUACCUGGACCUGGUCAUCACCUUCAUCAUCUGCAUCAACGUCAUCACCAUGUCUCUGGAGCACUACAGCCAGCCACAGUCUCUGGAGACAGGACUGAAGUACUGCAACUACUUCUUCACCUCCACCUUUGUGAUCGAGGCCUCUCUGAAGCUCGUAGCCUUCGGUUUCAGACGCUUCUUCAAGGACAGGUGGAACCAGUUGGACCUGGCCAUUGUGCUGCUGUCGGUGAUGGGCAUCACUCUGGAGGAGAUCGAGAUCAACGCCUCCCUCCCCAUCAACCCCACCAUCAUCAGGAUCAUGAGGGUGCUCCGGAUAGCACGAGUGUUGAAGUUGUUGAAAAUGGCCACCGGGAUGAGAGCUCUGCUGGACACCGUGGUCCAGGCUCUGCCUCAGGUGGGAAACCUCGGCCUGCUCUUCAUGUUGCUGUUUUUCAUCUAUGCAGCUCUGGGAGUGGAGCUGUUUGGAGAGCUGGUGUGUAACGCUGACUACCCCUGUGAAGGAAUGAGCCGACAUGCCACCUUUGAAAACUUUGGGAUGGCCUUCCUCACACUCUUCCAGGUUUCCACCGGUGACAACUGGAAUGGCAUCAUGAAGGACACCCUGAGGGAGUGCCCACCGGGUCAUCCGGCCACCGACUACGGCUGCCACGCCGGACUGCAGUUCAUCUCCCCGAUGUACUUCGUGUCCUUCGUGCUCACGGCUCAGUUCGUCCUGAUCAACGUGGUGGUGGCCGUGCUCAUGAAGCACCUGGACGACUCCAACAAGGAGGCGCAGGAGGACGCCGAGAUGGACGCCGAGAUCGAGCUGGAGCUGGCUCAGGGAGGCCUCUGCUGCAUGAUGGGGGGCAUCGGGGCCAUCGCCGGGGCAACGGGUGGCGCUGCGAGCGGGUCCGGUGUGGGCGGAGCAGCGUCAGGUGCCAUUACAGCGGGGGCGGUAGGGGGUCCGAUUGGCGGGUCAAUGGCGCCGCUAAGAGAUGGAGGAGGAGGCGGAGCUGCUCACGAUGGCCACGCCCACCACCGAUGUCGGCUCUACUCUCCUGCUCAGGAGAGCCAGUGGCUGGACAGUGUGUCUCUGCUGAUUAAGGACUCGUUGGAAGGAGACAUGAUUGACAACCUGUCCGGUUCAGUUUUCCACCACUACUGCUCUCCUCCUCCGGUCUGCAGGGACUGUAAGGGCCACACACAAGAGAUCCAGCUGGCGGAGGUGGAGCAGGCGUCUCUGAUGUCAGAGCAGCUGUCGGACAAGUCGUCGUCUCCGGCGCUGCCCGAUGACCUCAGCCUGGACGAACACAGCAGCUACCAGCUGCUGGUAACAGACCGACAGAGGGGCAGCGAUGACUCCCAUAGUUCUGAAGAGCUGCCCAUGCGGGGGGGCUACGGGGGCUUCGUCCCUCCAGCUCAGGAAGCGAGGAGCUGGUCCGGGAGUUAUGGAGAUGGAGGAAGUUGCAGCGGAGGAGGUGGUGGCGGCUCUUCGCCCGUCUUCCACCUACCAGCAGACUUCUUCCACCCGGCCGCCGCGGUUCAUCCGGGCAGCCCCGGUAACGGCGUCGGCCCUGGAGACAGAGGGCCGUCCAGGCUGCCCUCCCCGGCCUCCUGGGCCUCCCUCCGCUCACCGGGAGCCAACAGCCGGCCCCUCAGCUCUCAGCACCCGUCCCACAGUGACUCCUCCCUGGCCACGGGCAGCUCAGAGGGCAGCCUGCAGACCACUCUGGAGGAAGGACUCAGCUUCAGCGUGUCGCCGCCUCGAGACCUGGACCUCCCCGUGCCUCUCCUCUGCCCUCUCCCCGGCCCGCGCCCCCAGGGACCGGACGCCGGAGACCAGGACCAGGACCCCCUUUUACUAAAGAGACGCAGCACUUUCACCCUGCAGGCCACCAGAGGGCACCAGAGGAGCCAGAGCAGCUGCGGCGGCGGCAGCACCAGUCCCGGUUGCCCCCGGCAGGACUCCAUGGACCCGUCGGACGAGGACGUGGGGACGGGGACGGGCGGGGGCGACGGCUGCCGUCAGACCCUGAACAGCGAACACUUGUCGGAGACGCUGAACAGCCUCUCGCUGACGUCGCUGCUCGCCCCGGGCUCUCUGGCGCCCCCGCAGGUGAAGAAAUGUAACAGCACGGGCUCGCUGGACCAAACUAGCCUAUCCGCCCGGAGCAAAGACGGACGCCACCUCUGCGGCAUCGACGCCCACGGUUACCUGUCCAACCCCUGGACGGAGGGACGAGCGGGAGGCGAGGAGGAGGAGGACAGUGACAUCACGGGCUUCGGCAUGAAAAGCAGCAGCCGACCCACGGACACAAGCUCCAGGAAAAACAGAUGAAAAACACUUUUAAUGGAACUCUUUAACACUUUGAACAAAACAGGAAAUAGACUUUUAAUACGUGUCUGUCCUUUCUGGGAUCCGGCUGCUGUGGAUCAAUCAUUUCUCAGAAGAACACAGCUGCUUCUGAGCUUUUGAAAUCCUUUUCUUUUUUCCCCACAGGUUAUGUAAGGACGCCUUUUAGCAUCACCGGGAUUCAGCUUCGAAAGAUGUGGCAGGCCUGGGCUUUACAUUUGAGCCAUCCUGGAAUACAGAAUAAUUGGAAAAGCCACACACUGAUUGAUGAACAUUACUAAAGUUAUUUAAAUGCAAAAAAAUAUCAAAACCAGAAAUUCUUUGACCCAACGUGCCCUCGACCUUUGUGCAAAAACGGUGUCGUAAACAUUGGACUCAAACUCUGAUUUCGCUUUAGAGGAAGAACUGAACUUUGUACAGUCUUGUUAUUUUGUUUUUGUAACAACUGCGCUAACCGUAGCAUCGACCAUUUAUUUUUUUCCUCUUUAGCAAGAUCCAUCGGGUAACGAGAGAAUGGAAAAGGUCGUAUAUCUCCUGUGUUGUUUUUUUUUUCGACUUCAGUGUAUUGGAGUUGUGUGAAUGUAGACGCGUCCGUCUCCGUUUGUGAGGGAGGAGAGACAAGAUGGUGUCCGACCAUUCACACAAAGGGGCCUCUUAGAAUAGAAGGCUGGAUGUGUGACUGCUGCUGAGAAUACAUGUGGGUUGUUCAGAGUGGACUCUUUGUGCUGUCUACAUACCCAUGAAAGGGCUAAACUGUAUUGAGUGCAGACCUCGGCCAAAACCUGCCCGGCAAAUGAUCUUUUCCCGCACUGUUUAAAAGAGUCUUUGAAAGUAAUGGAUGUCAUAAAAAAUAUAUAGAAAUGUAAGAGGGAAGUUUCCCUGAGAUGAACAUUGGCUUGUCAAACUUUUCCUCAGAUUUAAAACUUCCUAGAAUAUGUAUUUAACAGAUUCAAACAUAAACUAAUUGGAAAUUAGGCUAACAACGGGAAGCAGUGAUUUCUACAGAAAAUAUAUAAAUCAAAAAUAUACUUCAACAUAUCAUGAACAUCAUAGGCUUGAGUACAGUAGGAGGCGGUUUGAUGUCAUCUGGUUUUCCUAAAGUUCUCCCUCUGUGCAAAACAUCAACAGUGACUCCGCUUUAGAGGACGACCACUGAUGGUGGAACGUUGAAAAUGUAGAGAAACUCAGACUCAAUGAUUCUCAGACAAUUAUGAAAAGAAAGAUUUGCUUCCAAUGCUAAGUGGCUCAAAGAUGCUAUUGAAAAAACAUUCCAGUGAGUAAACUCCUGUCAACAUGCUAUCAACCUAGCGGUUAGCCCCCCAACAUUUCACUUUUGUUUUUGACGAAAUACCUUCCUGCAAUUGGGUCGGACUAUGUUCCCAAAAGCAAUCGCCAAAAUUAACCAAACCAGAGUUCUUUUGAAACAGAUGAAAUGUUGUGAAAAGGCACCGUUAGUCUGGUUACCUUCUCAAAUAAACAGGACUUUCAACCAGAUGUGCUUUCAUGGUUGUGGUUUUGUUGGUUGUACGUAAUCUUUUGAAGGCCAACCAUGAUGUUUUCCGUAAUCCUAACUUUCGUUUUUUAGCGUUAAUGUGUUCUCCUAACAAAAGACCCGAGCAACAUGAAAGAAAAUGAGACUUUGUGUCCCGAUACACGAAACCAAUGGAAUUCACAUGAUGACUAUUUAACGUGCUGCCCUGAGACGUUGCUGUAACAACACAGAACCUCUUCAGUUCAGUUCCUGCCAUUGGCUCAGUUCAGUGUGCACCCUGUGAAGCUCUGUUUAUUUGGGUCGUAUCAAGAAGUACUAAGAAAAGUUUGAAUUAAAAUCAAAGGGAUGACAUAUUCACAAGAUUCAGGAUGACUGGAUGACAUCAAAUUGCCUUUCUGACCCUCUGCCAGCGUUACAUUUCCCAGACUACACCUGUCUGUCUUAAACGUGUGUGAAACACUGGGUUCGGGUUCUUGUAGGUUCAGUGUGCUGUCAGAUUUCCAGGAAUUCACAGUUUUUUGUUUGCUGCAUUUAACCCAAAUCAUUCUUUGACUCAGGUCUGCUUGAGUGUAGCAAGAAAUUAGAAAACAACACCCCCAUACUACGGCAAGCAAUGUGGUCCAGACUGUGACGAGCCAUCACAUAAUAUAGUUAUUUAUAAAUGUCAUAAUCUAAAGAGCAGGUAGACCUCAGGUGGACCUAUUUGCACACACACACACACACACACACACACACACACACACACACACACACACACACACACACACACACACACACAACAUACACAUACAUAUCAUACAAAGAUGUCAAUGUAAAAACUCUGCAGGAGAGAUGUUUGAAGAAACCUCCGUCUUCAUCUCUUCCUCUACGUCGUCUUCAUCCCCCCCUCCUUAUUCUCAUCCAAUCAUAUUAUCUCCUCUUCCACAGAGAAGUCAGAGUAUUAAAUUAAUAUCCCCCCCCUCUAUUCGAGAUAUGCAAUAUGCUACAGUAGAUGAUGUACAGUUAGAUGUAUGAGAUCGGUAUAGAUAGACGAAUAUGGUGAGAGGAGAUUAUAUUUAUGAAAUCAUGUAUUAGAAUAAAAUGUCACCGGGAUUCAGAAAGGUCAGUGAAAGGUCGAUGAUACGUAUUCAUGUAUUCCAGAGUGUCGGAGUGUGUUUUCUCCUCCAUCUUCCCGACCCCAUUUUCUUUUUCUUCCAAAAAUGCAUGUGGGUUUUUUUAUUUCUGUUUUCUUAAAUGUCAUUCUAGUGUCAUAUAAAA